AUGAGCCGUUUCAACGACCCCAGUGCCGACUCCGGCCAGAGCGGGGAACAGGGUCUAUCGUCGCUGGUUUUCGCCCUGCUGGACUCCCAAAUAAGACCCACCCCAGUAUCCAAUUUGACCAAGAACCUCAUGUCCUCAGGGCAGAUGGCUAACCAAAACCCACAUGCCCAACCCACGCCGCCUGACUACGCUCUGCUGGUAGCUUCAGAAAGCCGCCCACAGGGGAUUCCUUUUGCAAGAGACAAUCAAGGUUUCAGCGGCUCUGUCGAUAACAAAUUCGCCCCGGCUGGUCUGGGACAUAAUAUCGAUCCAUCACAAGCUCAUCCACAUUCUGUAUCGUCGCUGUUCACACAAAACCCCCACCUUGGGAUUUAUAGAAACGGGGCAAAGCCCAACGGCAACGCUAACUACAUUCCCUUGGGCCACAAUGCCCCGACCAUUGUGUCUUCCUCGUACACAUCCAAUUACUCCCAUACACCUUCAUUCCAAAGUGCUUCAGCUCACUACAUGGACAGAAACGACAGCAAUGCCACAACAAACUCAGGCGCCGCUCCCGGAAUGCAACACAUAGCACCUCACGUCCAGACAGGCUUCCUUCCUUCAUCAUACAACAAAGCGGCCAUGGGCCACGGGCUUCCCACCACCAACCUCACAAUGAACUCGGUCAACUCAAGCUCCAGUCCCUACCACCACGGCUCUGACUUCAAUAGGUCAAGCUUCUCAGCAACGCCGCAGCUGUACCACUCUCACUUUGAGCCUGGGUCCCAUCAUCAUAGCCAGGUGGCCCAGUCAUUGCCCACAGGCGGCUUCACGAACAGAGAAUCCCCCACAGACGAAAAUGGUUACGACGAGCACCUCAACAUUGUGAAAUUCCCGGUCAAUGACCUUAUUACCAUGCUCGCGUGUCUCCUAACCAAAAUCAUAGAGGCUAAUGACAAAUUGCACCCUAAUCAUUUUGACACCACCAUUGCCAUCAGACAGAAGCUCAAAGAGGAGAAGAAGAGGAAGAGGCAGGAGAAGGAGAAGUCGAGACAGCAUUCAAUCGAUAGCAUGACGUAUUCUAACGACGGCAUAAACACCACAGUGGAACACAUUGAUGAAGACUAUGUCAACUCUUCAGGCGAUGAACAGGACGACGAGGACGAAUUAAAGAACAGAUACUUGGCGAACGUGCUUGCAUUCCACGGAACAAACAUUCCCGGGAUUUCGCUCAAUGCAUAUCUCACAAGAGUGCUCAAGUACUGUCCGGUGACAAAUGAGGUGUUUCUCUCGCUCUUGGUGUACUUUGAUCGGAUUGCCAAGAAAGCCAACAACCUCAAGAAAUCCCAUGACGUCGACGGAGAGGGAGAGGGGCAAGGCGAUGGGGAGCAACUCUUCGUGAUGGACUCGUAUAACAUUCACCGGCUCAUAAUUCUGGGCAUCACUGUGAGUUCGAAAUUCUUCAGCGACAUUUUUUACAAGAACCUUCGGUAUGCCAAGGUUGGCGGGCUUCCGUUGGAAGAGCUCAACUAUUUGGAAUUGCAGUUCCUCCUCUUGCUUGAUUUCAAGCUCAUGAUAUCUGUGGAAGACCUUCAAAAUUACGGCGACCUAUUGCUCAAGUUCUGGAAACGGGAGCAAUUGGCGUCCGACCUUGUAAACACUGCUAACCAAGCGGAACAAGGCUCCUCCGCGGCGGCUAACAGUUAG